AUGGUCGUUCACGUCCGACUCCGCCUCGGCGAACUCCAUCUCGUCCAUGCCCUCGCCGAGGUACCAGUGCAGGAAGGCCUUGCGGCGGAACAUGGCCGUGAACUGCUCCGACAUGCGCUUCAUCAGCGUCGUGAUGGCGGUCGUGUUGCCCACGAACGUGGCCGACAUCUUGAGGCCUCGCGGGGGGAUGUCGCACACCGCCGUCUUCACGUUGUACGGGAUCCACUCCACGAAGUACGUGCUGUUCUUGUUCUGCACGUUCAGCAUCUGCUCGUCCACCUCCUUGACGGACAUGCGGCCGCGGAAGACGGCCGCCGCCGUCAGGUAGCGGCCGUGGCGCGGGUCGCACGCCGCCAUCAUGUUCUUCGCGUCGAAGAUCUGCUGCCGGUAGUGCUGGCUGCCGCGCGACGUGAGCGGCGCGAAGCCCGGCACGAAGAAGUGCAGGCGCGGGAACGGCACCAUGUUGACCGCCAGCUUGCGCAGCGAAGGCAAGUAGUGACGCCCGACAUUGUCACGGAGACGAGGUGGUUGAGGUCUCCGAACCGUGCGGAAGCAGAUGUCGUACAGCGCCUCGUUGUCGAUGCAGAACGUCUCGUCCGUGUUCUCCAGCAGCAAGUGGAUCGAGAGGCACGCGUUCCCGUGCCGCCGCCCAGCGAGCAGUCGCAGCUCUCCGCCUCCUUCCUCACCACGUCCAGCACGGAAUCGAUCAACUCGGCGCCUUCGUUGUUGCCGGCGCCGGAUUGUCCGAACACGAAGUUGUCCGGUCGAAACAGCUGUCCGAACGGCCCGGCUCGCACGGAGUCCAUAGCAGGCUCGUGGGACGUAUUUUCCACCUAG